AUGCUCCGCCGCUCAAUCAGCCAGAUCUUCCCCUCCGCCACGCCACAACAGAACCAACAACACCGCGCACAAGCAGAGGAAGCCGACAGAAUGUUUUCGUCGAUGCGGAAUUCGAGACCAAUGAAUCCUCUUCCUAGACAGCAAACUCCCAUAAACCAGUCUACCACCGCAUACACGACACACUCCCCCUCGUCCUUUGAUAUGCCAGGAUCACAAUUCGGAGCUCUCCCAUUACCAGUAGAGUUAGCGGUACGACAGAGACAACCCCUGAUGGCUUCGGCGCAACGAAGAGAGGUGGUCCUUGAUGCUGCGAUGAGACAUCCUGUGUUCUUUACUGAAAGGCUGAAGAAACCGCCUAAUGGCGUUUUGGCUGGGGGAUCAAUUAGUCCUGUUGCUGAAGGAUAUGUUUUUAAUGAUGGGGGGAGGAAGUGGGGCGACGUGGAGGUUAAGCUGUGA